AUGGAUAUGUAUUCAUUAUAUUAUUCUAAAUUAAAUAAUUACAUAGUCAAAGAAUUAAAUUAUUUAAGUAAAACAAGACAAAUGAAUAAACUUAAUGAAGAGGAAAUAAGUUAUAAUAAAGAAUGCAAUUAUAAAUUAUUUUUCCUUAUAGUACAACUACAACAAAAACUAAAAGAUAUUGAGAAAGAGAAUGAAAAAUUAAAAUGUUUAUUGAAAAAAUACAAUAGAGAAUCAAUUGAGAACGACAACAAAGUCAUAAAAAAGGCUCUAUUAGUAAUCAGCUGUAUAAUUUUUAUUAUUAUAUUUUUUUUAUUCUAA